CCGGACUGAGACGGUUAAUUUCUGGCAACACUGCUGCCGACCUGCAACAAACCAAAAAGAAUAAAUAUGGAAAUGCUGCAAGGCGCCUCCUUGCUCUCCAGGCCAGCCGAGGAAUUUGGCAAUGAUGCCCUGCUUGAAGAAAUGUGGGCCACCAGAGCUCUCGAACAUGCCGAAGUACAUUUCAACUUAAUCACUAGUGUGCCGCCCUCUCAACUCCGACUUACGCCCUACGAUGAUCAAAUCUAUGCCACAUUCCGGCAGGACUUUCCGCAAUUGCAGGUGGCCAAACUCGAUGAUAACCAACUGAAAUCGGCCACAGAGAAACUGAAAUGGCGGCAAUUUGCUGAAAAAUUUAAUAAAAUGGAGGAUUAUUCAUAUGGUUCACUGAUGCGGGCAGAUGCGUCCAAAGAAUUCUCAGCGGAUAAUUCAAUUUUUGUAUUUCGUGUUCAAUUCCUGGCCAUUGAGAUAGCAAGAAAUCGUGAGGGGCACAACGACGCUGUCUAUAGACAGUAUAGACCAGCGGCGAAGAGCCCCAAAGAGGAGGAAAAUAAAUCGACAUAAAACUCUCAUUUUGUAUAAAAAAGAA